AAAAAAAAAACAACUAUACGCGACUCUUGAAGAUGCUAUAAGGCAAGCAUUAUUCUUCGUCAUUUUCUACUCCAUGACUGCAUGAGAAUACACAAAUCUUGUAACAUCUUUCCGUAUUUUUCUCGAACUUCUGUUCUCUCUUGUAAUUCACUCCCAUACAUACAUUCAUAUAAAUCUAUACACACACCAUUAAAAAAAAAAAAAAAAAAAAAAAAAAAAAUUUAAUUCUAUACACGUACACAUAUUUCAUCAUGCAAUUGUUAAAUUACUUUUCCCUCUUUCUCGUGUCUCAUCAGCACCGCCAAACAUGACAUCGACGGCUGUGAAGGUUCCGCCGGCGGCGAAGAAGGUGAAGCAUGAAAUGGAGAUGCUCGGCGACGCAAGGGUCGAUAACUACUACUGGUUUCGCGACUAUUCUCGCUUACCUCCAAGCAGAGAACGCUUACACCGACUCCGUCAUGGCUGAAUGGUGCGACCCUCGUAAGGAAGAUUUUUACUUCUAUAUGAAGUCAUAUUGUCCUGUUGAUAAUAUUAAGGCAGUAAAUUGUCCACUGAUCCUUGUUACGGCUGGUUUACAUGAUCCACGAGUUCUGUACUCAGAACCUGCGAAGUAUAUGGCGAAAUUGAGAGACAUGAAGACUGAUGAUAAUGUACUAUUGUUCAAGUGUGAACUCGGUUCUGGGCAUUUUUCAAAGUCAGGAAGGUAUGAGAAGCUCCAAGAUGAGGCCUUCACCUAUGCUUUCAUAAUGAUGGCUUUCAUAUGUUUGCUGCUACACCUACUACCAACAGGCCAGUGGUACCUGGCCCCUAUUUUCAAAGGGAGGUCAGGUGUUCGAGUCUCAGUAGAGGCAUAUGUGUGUGAGUACCAACAAAGAAAAAAAAUAAAUAAAUAAAUAAAAUUGUUUGCUGCUACUCAAGUUAACCUCUGUGGAAACUCUAUUAGCCACAACGUCUAAUGAAGUAGGUUUUGGCCCAAAUCUUUUGUCAUAGACAGAAAUAGCAUUCAGAGGGAGGGAGGAAUAUGUCAAUGGAGAAGGAAAAGGGAAAGGAAAUAUAUAUUGGAUCGUGAUGCAAAGAUCAUGAAACAGCUCUUCGAAACCGUAUCUGGGUACAUUGGUGGUGGAGCAAAUAAAUGAUUUUGAACUCCUCUUUUUUUUUUUUUUUUUUGUCUAUUCUAAUAUUAUGAAGUGGGCUUAAUCUUAUAUGUGGGCUUAAUCAGGACAGUAGUAGGCCAUUUUGUUCAAAUGGGUUUAAGUAUGCUGCUAAGUUGAAUUGAUUGGUUUGUUUUAAAUCUAGUAUGAAUGCUGAGAGUUGAGCAUUCUUGUAAGGGACAUCUGUGUUUAUUCUAUCAAUUGGAAUUUUCUUUCUCCUGUUGUAUCUCAUCUCAACUUUAUUUUGGGAUGUGGGAGUUAUGUUUCGUGGGGUAGGAGGGAAGAUGAGGAAAGGAAAGAAGAGAGGAGGGACGGAACAAGGUUCAUCGUUUGGUAGGAUGGAGAGCUGGUGGGAAGAAAAGGUCCAGGCCCAAAAUUUUACUUCCAUCCAUAAGUGCAAGGAAUAUGAGAGUUUCCUUCCAUCCAUGAGUGCAAGGAAUAUGAGAGAAAAAUAAAGAUUUUUUUUUUUUUUUUUCCUUCUUCCAGGAGGUAAGAAAGAUUAGAAGUUAGAUUAAUAGGUACAAAGAGUUGAAGCCUAGCACUCUCAAAAUUCACUGAAAGCACUAACCAUCGAGCUAUUGAGGCAUCUGCAAAGU